UCUCACAAAUGAUGGACCAAACAUUCCCACUGCGCAGAAGGGAGAUAGUGACGCAGGAGCCUGCUGUGCAGAGCAUGGUUGAACGUUGGCCAGGACUUUUCACUGAGAGACAGGUUUUUGCUGAGUUUAAUCGUAUUGCCAGUAAGAAUCUUGAAGGUCAAUUUUAUGAAGCCCUAGACCAGCACACUCCACGCUUCAUUGAGCUUUUCAAGUCCAAAAAAGGAACUACAGGACAAAAACUGACAGACUUGAUGCAGCACAUAAACUGGGUGUCUCCAGAUGUGACAGCACUUCGCUCUGUUGUCCUCAAAGGACUUCCUAUUGUACUUGGUGAUGAUUCCAGUGAGGUUUACAAGGCUUGCUCUGAUACAGCGAAAGAUGAAGCACUCGCCUCAGUGACAGUUGGGGUGCUGACUGUGGUCAGUGAAGAUACUGAGCAGCAGGGUCUAAACACAGUGCACCUCCAGCCCAUCUCCACUGCCAUCAUACUUGAGGGAAGUACUGUCAUGGACAAUGUUAGAGAUUUUCCCCAGGCAGUCUGCCUCAUUUUUGGGCUAAUGUAUGCCCUUCAUUUAGAUUACCCAAAAUGCAUGGCAAACACAUUCAAAUUCAUUCAAGCAGUCAUGCUUGGAUUGGGAAACAAAACACUCCCUCCAAAACUACUUACUUUGAAAAACAAACUACUCAGCUAGGCCAGUUUAUUCAGUGCAAAUACUUUUUCCUCUCUUCAAAAUAGUCCCAGAUGUUCCAGCAUUACCUGUAUAAAAGCACAGUAAACUGAAU